AUGAUCCCUCGGCGGGCACUGAAGCCGUAUCUGGCUGAGUUCCUCGGCACGGCCCUGCUCAUUGUCAUCGGAGAUGGUGUCGUCGCCCAAUGCCUGCUGUCCGACUACCAGUACGGCACUUGGUUGUCCAUCAACAUCGCCUGGGCAUCUGCCGUCUGCCUCUCCAGCUUCCUGGCCGAUCCUAGUCCGACCAUCAAUCCGGCCGUCACCAUCUGUACGGCUCUUGUGCGUCCAACUGCAGGACAAUGGAAGACCAUCCCUGGCAAGCUGCUUGCGCAGUUCCUGGGCGGAUUUGUGGGAGCUGCCCUUGUGUAUAUCAACUACCGCUCGGCUAUCAACGCUUGGGAUCCUGAGUAUACCAUUCCCGGUGGAUCGAUCCUGAGCCCGACCGGCCACCAUUCAGCAGGCAUUUUCUCGACUUACCCGGCUGCCUUCUUCUCGUCGAACUGGGAGGCUGUGUUUUCUGAGGUGCUGGGCUCGGCUGUGCUGAUGUUUGGCUGUCUCAGCAUCUCUGAUCCGGCAAAUGCUCACCGAUUCCCCUCUCCGCAUCUCUCUCUUUUCCUGCUCCUGCUUAUGAUCGGAGCGGCAUUGGGAUGGCAGACCGGCUAUGCCCUGAACCCUGCGAGAGACUUUGGCCCGAGAGUUUUCUCCGCUAUUUUGUACGGCUCCGAGGUGUUUACUACGGAUAACUACUAUUUCGUUGUCCCUCUUUUCGCUCCUAUUCUAGGCUGUGUUAUUGGCGCGAUGACCUACGACGGCAUCCUGUUUGAGGGCGAGGGAUCGCGCAUUGCUGAUGCGCUAGACAAGGCUGAGGCUCACGGGUCUCUUCGACUGGAUUAA